AUGGUAGCAGAUGGAGGAAAUGAAAGAUAUGAUAUGUCAACAUACAUCAGACGGUAUGCCAAAUACAUCAACUGCAAGGCACUCGCAUUCAGACAAAUGGGAUUUGAUUUUGUUCGAGCUAAAAGAGGGAAAGAAGAAGGAGUAUUAAGAACAAUGUGUGCAGAGAAACUCCUGAAAACCCUUCCUCCUUUGCAAGACCUAAUGGAUGCUUUACUAGAUUUUGAGGCCACAUCCAAUAAUCUAACCAAUGGUGUAAUAAAUAGCGCAUUCACACUACUAUUCAAAGAUAGUAUAAGGCUGUUUGCGUGCUACAAUGAUGGAAUCAUCAAUCUCUUAGAGAAGUACUUUGAAAUGAACAAGAAAGACUGUCGUACAGCGCUGGACAUCUAUAAGAAAUUCCUGAUUCGUAUGGAGAGGAUAGGGGAGUUCCUCAAAGUUGCAGAGCAAGUAGGAAUCGAUAAGGGGGAAAUUCCAGAUUUAGCGAAGUUUGGUGAUGCCCCAUCUGAAUAUAAAACAGCCCCUAGUAGUCUGUUAGAAGCACUUGAGCAGCAUCUGGUAUCUCUUGAAAGCAGCAAAAAGUCAAACUGGAACAAAGCCAAUACAGUGCAGACAGUUUUAAAUGCAUUCUCCUCAUCAGCAGCAGCCAUUGAUGAUGAAGAGAAGAAGAAAGCAUUAGAGGACGAGAAGGCAAGAUUAGCAGCAAUCAAGAAUUUUAGCCAUUCCUUUGAGAGUUAUAGCCAGACCUCACAGAGUUUGAAUGAAGUGGCAACGACCAUCCUCUUUGAUUUUAAUGAUCAGGAGCAGAGAUUGAAGGAGUCCCAACAGCCAGAGCCAAUCACUUUCACCCAGGAGCCUGUAGUCCAGAACACCCCACCGCCAGCAGCAGCAGUACCGGCUCCAGCACCAGCUCCUUCAAAUCCCUUCAUCACCGCUCCAGUAGCACCUCAACCUGUUCCAGCAUCAACAACGUCCAACCAGGAUCUCUUUGCUGCUCCUGCAGUAAACAACAACAACCAGCCCGGGAUGAAGCUAUCUCAGGAUCUGAUUGGUCUUCAGUCCAAUCCAAUGUCGGCCAUUCUUCAAGCACAGAUGGCUACUCAGGUUAUGACGUCCAAUCAACCUCAAGCAUGGGGAUCACCAAAUGACAUGUCAGGGUCUCUUGAUCCAAACAACCCUUUCACCUCAAGUGAAACUGCACCCCAAGCUAAUGUUGACCAGUCCCCAUUCCUUGCUGAUUUUGAUGGUCAAGCUUCCAUACUGGAGCCCUCUAGCCACUCUCUUGAGCCUGUUGAAGGUGCUGCCAGCAACAAAUUUGAUCCCUUCGCUGGCAUUGAAGAUGAUUACAUGAAAACAAAGAAGAGUGUUGAACCCCCUCAAGACCAAGGGGAUCUCCUUGCCCCAAUGGCUCCUCAGCCAAUCCCCAUGAAUCAGUUGGAUCCUUUGUCUCCCAGUGUUGCUUCUGAUGGUUCCCUCCUGACUACCCAAGCUCCCUCUCAGCCCAAGCAGGUGCCCAAUUAUAACCCAUCCUUUGAUACAGCAAGCCAAGGCUUCCCACCGACUAGUGACCCAGUUGCUCCUAAAUCACCUGCUCGUAGUCCCAUUACCCCUAAUUAUUCCCCCAUGUUAGACCCUGUCAGCCCCAACGUACCAACAGCCAUUGACCAAGCAUCUCCCAGGUCUCCGUUUGGUAGCCCUCCAGCCCCAAAUUAUUCAGUGUCAUUUGACCCAAUGGGCCAUAGCCUUUCCCCGGCUAAGACUCCCAGAUCACCUGCUUUGAACCCCAAGUUUUCGCCCACCCAUCGCCCAACCCCUUUCCCCGCUCCAAACCCAUCCCCUCAGGUUCCCCUGCAGAGCGCCCUCGCUUCGUCACCCCUCGUGACUAAUCCAUCAUCAGACUUUACCCCCAUCACCACAAAUGCUUCAGAUGAUAUCCAUGGAGGUUCCCACACCUGGGACGUUGACAAGCCCUCAGAGAUCGAGUCCAUUUUUGGAGCUCGACCUUUGACCCCAUCUUCUGCUGCUGCUGCAGACCAGGGAAUCCUUGGACAAGGCUUUGAAAGUUUUGCAAAUAAUAAUGACAUAGGGGCAAACUUUGACAAGGCGUUUGGCAACACUAUAACACAGCCUGCAGUCCAAACCUCUGCACCCAUCAUGGGUGACGUCCUCCAGCCCAUGAAUAGACAACCUCUGCCGCCCUCACAGGCAGAGGUCAUGGCUACCAAUGGAGGUAACAAUCUAGACACAACGCUCGUCAAAUUAGCAACAAAUUUGGAUAUCAAAGGCUCUGCAUCUCCCAAAAAAACUGCUGGAGCUGGGAGUGGAAGUGGUGUACUUGAUUUUGAUCUUCAUGGAAUGGGCCGUUUGAAGACUGAACACCAGUGGACCAAGAAUUCACCAUCACAGAGGACUGGAGGGGCAGGUUGGUCACCUCAGAAGGUUCCAAUGGGGUCAUCAGCUGCCCCUGCAUGGGGUGGAACGGCAGCCCCAAUGGGUGGUGGUGGUUACAUGGAGCUUGAGUCUGCACCAACACCUCCACCACCAAAUACUACCAUGGGUGGUCAGACAGCCGAUUGGAGGGGUCAAGCAUUCUCAGGACAAUUUGGUGCUCAACAACCAGGAAUGGUCCAACCUGGAAUGGGCGUGGGUGUAAGACCAGUGGGUAUGGCACCGAUGGGCAUGUAUGGUCAACCUGUAGGAGGUAUGGCUCAACCUAUGUACAACCAACCAACAAGACCACCUGCACCAGCCCAAGCACCUGCAGAUCCAUUUGGAAAUCUCUGAAAGCGGUCAACACGAUAUGACCAUCUAGUUUCAUAGGUGUCAUCUCCACAGAGAUAUAUGGAUAUAUGAAUAUAUAUAUAAAUAGAUAAAUAUAUAAAUAUAUAUAUAUUAUGAUAUGAGUGGACAUUUUCAAAGUGGAGAAAAGAAGAUGUUUGUGACCAAUCAUUUAGAAAGCAGCAACAAGAAUCAUGAAAGUGAUUUGUUUUUUUGACGGCAUCCACUCUCCUUUGUCACCUUUUGUGAAUGAGCGAUUCCAGUCACCCGUGUUCAUAUUAUCGCAAGUGAACUCGUACGUCAGCCAUCAUGCACUGUAUCCCGUGUUUGAUAAUCUCAACGUAUCAUGCAUGACACUGUGUUAGUUAUUCAUUUACAUGGAUCGAUUCAAUAGUGCUUGUCUCUGAAGACGUAACCCUUAGCCUCUAUCAAUAUACCCAUUCCUGCGCCAUUCGUCUGGAGAAUGAGAUCAGGUUGAAAUGAAUAUUUGUGAUGGAUAUGUGAACUACAACAAAGUCAUGCCAAUGUCAACUGUUGAUGAAAUAUGGUAGAAAGCAAAAGAAGGAAAUUGGAAGUUUGGAGCAUUAUAUGGAGAGUGCAGGGAGUCCAUUUAUCAGGAGAAUUGGACUUGACAAUGAAUACCAGUUCAUGCUUCUGUGUAUGUUGCAGAUAUAAAGCAUGUCCUGCUUUGUUAAUUGUUGUACAUUUAAAAUCGUUAUGAAUGUAUGCCACUGUCCGAGUGUUUUAUAAUCACCUCAUAGAGACAAACAUAACCACCUUUGAUGGGAUCAGAUUAUGAAGUUACAGAAUACAUUGUAGGUUUCAAAACUGCCACAGCAAAAUAGACAAAGUGAUUGCAUUGCUCCAGUUACACCAACACAACUGACUCCAGACCGAUCUAAGCUUUUACAUCAUUUUGAAUGGCAUUAUCAUCAUUUUCUUUAGGUCAGUUUCAUUUGUGUGACUGGAGUAUAACGCAAAUGUGAAUAUUGUUAUUUUCUUCUUGUAAGGAAUACUUCAAAGGCUUUGUUUUAAUACGAGGUGCAAAAGCAUGGUGGUUGUUUGAAAUGAUACUGUAUCAACACACAAUGAGCUAAUUGUGUGUUGUUGUUGCUAAAUCAGUCAAACCUCAGAUGGUAAUAGCAGCAGUUCUAUGAGUCAUAUGUCAUUCAGAUUUGGAGUCCUUUGUUUGAACGUUGAAGCAAAAUGAUAUGAAUUACAUCUGGGGCCCUGGGGGUGUGUUUUUUUUUGCCUUGGCAGGUUGGGCGGUAGUUAUUUUCCAGGAAAGCCAAGCACUACUAUGUAGAGUCAUGAAAUAUCUACAAUAUCACAUAUUCGUUGGCAUUAUACUGUAUACAUGGUAUCAUGGUUUGAAGUAAAUGGAGAAGGCAUGUUCAAACUUAUCUUGAAUAUUAUUUAUGAAAUCAUUUCAAUAAUUUGUCUGACUUUUUCAUGGACGUGCUGAAGAACAUGGAAGGACUAAUGAAGUCUAGCUGAUAUUAGAGUGUAAUAUAAAUCUUGUUCUAGUUUUAAUGUGUACUUCCCCUCAUUGACUGACAUGUAUCUGUUUAUGAUGGAAGAGAUAGCAAGGGAUUCUGUAUUUCAAUGCUCUUUUUACCUCCUAGAAUAAAUAAUUCUAUAAUGAUGUAACAAUAAUGUUCAACCUUGUAAUUAUUCAAGAAAAUUAUUCAUUGAUUCUCAGAACACACAUAUUUCUAAAUAUAUUCUUUUUGUAAUCAAUCUUUUGUACAUAUCCAUGGUCAUAUUUUGGGGAACAUUUUCAGAUAAACAGGAAUCAGAGAGCAAUGUGCUGAAUUUGUAUCAUUUGGAAAACUUCUUUUCUGUAUGACCUUUUGAUAUGUUUGACUUGUUUAUUCUAAUAACAACUACUGCCACCAAACGAAAUAGAGAAACAUCAUGUUAUUAUGAAGUUUUCCUCAAGUGUUACUAGUUCUGUUCCUCACUGAAUUGGAUGGCAAUAUUUUAAUGUAUGGAGCAAAUUUGGCUUGAAUAUAAUGGUAUCAGUCUUUAUUGUUUUUCUUUCACACUACCUAAAUUCACAUGUCAUCAUCUUCCCUUAUUUUUGGUAAUUUUCAGCAAUGUUACUUCAGUGAGCAAUGAUAUAAAUUUUUCAUAUUUUGAAUAUACAUAAAAAUCCUUUAAAUGUUAAUAUUUAUCAUCCCUUCCCCCAACUUAAAUGGUUGUUAAAGGCAUAUUCAUGAUAGAUCCUUUUAUGAAAAAAGUACUUUUAUUUAGAGGGUGAUGCAUAUUAUAUGGAUUAUGGAAGUAUAGUUAUGUUCAAGGGUAAGGCAUUGAACUUGAUCUGCUGAAUUAUGAAAAAAGCAAUUUCUCAUUUGAAAUAUGACUUGAGGAAGAGGUGUUCAUAACUGCCAGAAUGGAUGUCGCACAUAAUCUUUAAUAGUUCAAUGAUGGAUAACGGUAGGAAAUGCAUAUUUUUUAUUUGUUUUAAUUUGAGCCAAAGAAUCUUCGACUGUCCAUUUCUUGAUUGUACUGAACAUGGCUCCAGAAAGCUUCAAAUCGUGCAACAUGUACGUUCAUGUACUGAGAAUGGCAAUCUCUCCGGAUUAAAUUAGAAAAUUAAUUAUGAUUCUUUUAUUCAGGAAAAAUAGGAAUUUCGAAAUUUGGUUUUGUAAUUUAUUCAAGAUGUCCAAAUGACUGAUAAUCAGCAUGUGCACCAAAAUCAUUGUUUUAAUAUGAAAUUUAUAAUGAAGUUUGAUGGGCUUUUAAUAAUUUGAAGAAUCAACACUUGUACGCCCCAAACUUAAACAGAAGCUGACUUUGUAUAAUGAAACCUGUAUUUUGUAAUUCAAAGACGUUUUAUAUCAAUAUUAUUUUGCACAAUUAUUGAAUUGUAUCAAAGAUUUAUCACGGAUGAGACUCUGCAUGAGAAUGUGUAUAUUUGUAGAAAAAUGACUUUUUCGAUAAAAAUUGGGGAGAUUCUACAUGUUUGUUAUUUCUUAAUGUUUAUUGUGUGUCAAUUGAAUAACAUUGUGCAUAUUAUAUAUAGGAAAGAUAAUUGGAACAGGUAUGUAAAUCUUAAUGUCAAAUCGAUUGAAUUAUAUCUGAGUGAGUGUAUGAUAGAGAAAAUGAUGAUAUGUUGCUAGUGAUUGUGUGCGUGUCUAUAAAAGAGAGAGAGUUAGAGAGUGAAAGGGAGAGAGAGAAAACGAAUUAAAGUGUGUGAGGCAGUGUUUGUAAUAUCUGUGUGUUGAUAAUCUAUUUUGAUUAGUAAAUUACCAUACAGAUCGUAAUAAACUGUUUCAAAGUGUGUAUAAUAAUUGCAAAAGCCUUUCCUUAUAAAUUUGCUGAAUUAUUUCCUCCAAACUUGUGAGUUUCGUGAUUUUGUUUCAUUGAAUGAUUAUUUGAAAUCAAUGAUGUUUAGUUUAAGGAAUCACAUUUUGGAUGAUAUUUAUCCUUGUUUCUUCCCUAGGUUUAAAUUUAGGAUGUACAAUAUGACAGAAUGAUAGAGACUUAAAAAUAAAAUAAACAGUGUAUGUAUUUUGAUGGGAAAAUGCAUCCCCCCUUCCUGAAAUGAUUUAGACCUUAUUUAAUUAUUAUUUUUUUUAAUCAAUUUAUCAAGCAUUAAUGAAAUGGAAAAAUAAUUGGCAUUAAUCUAUUUACAUUUAGGGUGAAAUUGAGAAGAAGAUAUCCUAGGCUCCUCAUCUGGGGCCCUGUUAACACAAAACUUGACAGUUGAUUGUAAUUUUAUUUUUAUUUUUACGACUGACUGUGCAUUAAUACCAAUGGCAUUGAUCAGUAAUGUAUCUGGUCAUGCACAGCAUUCAUGCCUGUCAUAUUUCACUUUCCAGGCACACAAUAAUACAAUCACCCUGGCUUUAGACUGGCUGUCAGCAAGUAUAUAAAGGGACUAAUUCCUGCAAUCUAUAUGUUUUACAUGUUCACCUCAAGUUGGUGUGUUUGCUAAUGAACAAUGUCUUACCAUGGAUGUAAGUACUACUCUGACAAGUAGGUCCAUGGUCUUACCAAAGGACUGUGUAGAGUGAGAUCUGUUCAUCAUACCUUUCAAGUUCACAUUCUAUUCACUCUUUCUUCACACAUUCAUUUGCUAAGCUUGGUAUGGGAUUGGUAUAAUUUAUCAUGUUAUUAUUUGUCACAGUGCCAUGGGACGUAGCCAGGAUUUUAUACCAGAAGGAGCCCAUAAAAGUGCCAAUUUCUUUCUCACUUUUUGACUAGCCAGAAAAUAUAUUUCUUACUCUCCAAAAGGAUGUGAUUCAAAAAAAAAAUGACAAGCAGAAAAGAUUGUGUUCUUACCUCAAAGGAGAAGGGGGCACUACUCAGAAAAGCGAGACAUAAUGUACACUUAAAAAAAAAAAAAAGAAAGGUGUAUGCCCCCUUUGGAUCCAUACCUGACGGGACCAAUAUUCCUUGAGCAUUUAUACCUAUUUAGCAUUAAAGAGAAAAGUUAAAAUUUUCAACAAAAUGUGUAUUUUCUUGGUAACCAAGAAAUGGUUACUGUCGGACUGAUCCCAGAACCAUUCUGAUACUUAGUCAUAGGAUUAUAUAAAUAUUGGUAGCCAUGUUAAAUAUAGAAAUAAAUGUCUCCCCAACAUAUGGUUAUUGUUUAAAUCUGUCAUUUGUCAAGCUCAUGCAAUAUCCAAUUGAUCAUGUAGUGCAAACAAAGAAAGAUCAAUUCCCCAAACAGUAUUGUUUUACUUGUUAAAUUAGAACUGUGAUCAGGCUUUGCGAAACACUUGUUAGUUUGCUGUAAAAGUUAGAAGUUGAAUUUAUGAUAUGUAGUAUGCAAAACAAGAAUAAGGCAUACGUUCUUGUUUAAGUUACGUGAAAGCAAUAUCUAUUUCCUUUUUCUUGUAUUUCAUUUAUUUGCUGUUUUUAGUGUUAUUACUUCAUGUUAUUUUUAUUUUUAUAAUUCUGGUCAUGUUCAGUAAUGCAUUAUUUCCAUUAUGGAUGACACUCAUAUUUGUAAUAUGAUUAUUUUUGGUCUGAUACAAGUGUUCUAUAUGAAUAUUCAUGUUGACUGCUCUGAAUCCCAAAAAGAAAUGGUCUUUAGACUAACAAAUAAUCAAGUAAUAAUCCUGUUAUAUAAAUUAUUUGUACAUUUAUUGACCUUACCCAGUUGUUAAAAUGAAAAUUGUGGUUUAUUAAUGAAUUAAAUGUAUAAAUGAGGUAGUCCUCCGCUCAUUUAGUUGAUGUAUGGUUGAAUAUAUUGAGAGAUCAGUGGAGCGUUUCAUGAAAGGACUUGUCGGAUGUUUUAUCCCACAAGUCCCAUUUUAUCCGACAGUUACCAUAGGAACUGUGCUUCUCAGCCAAUCAAAAUCAAAGAAAGUUGUCAGAUGUGACAACUUGUCAGACAAAAUAUUCAUGUAAUGCUCCCUAGGAGAGCAUUUUAAGUUGCCAGAUGUGACAACUUACCUUGAUUUUGUUCGGCUGAAAAUCACUUACUAUGAUAACUGUCAGAUAAAAUGGAACUAAACUGUCCAACGAUUCCUUUCAUGAGACGCUCCACAGAACUUUGAUUACAAUGUACACAAUUUCUAUAAGUAAAAAACCCUGUUGAAUUACUGUAGGUGUGCGUUUGAGAUCUUUGUCCAUUUUGAUAUAUUAUCAACGAUAAUUGAUUACUAGCUAUAUUCCCUUGUAUGUCCCAUGCAUCUUAAUUUCUACUAUGCAGUCAGUAUACCAUUUAAAUCCAAUUUCUAUUGAAUGACUAUUGAGACAAGCCAUCAUCUGUAAAACCUUCGUGAUCAGAUAUUUGUCUUGUAUUGUUUUUUUUUUUUUUUUUACAAAUGUGACAAAAUGAUGUACAAACGAUUAGUUUGUAUUUUUGUUUUUUCUUCUCAGAGCCGUAUCUACUUCUAUCUGUAGAAAAUGGAAAUAUGUUGGUCCUGUGACCCAAUAAAUGAAAAUAAAAUGAUGAAAAGAAA